AUGGAGUCGAAAUUUUUUUGGCUUUCAGAUUCAGCUCAGUCCUUGACCUCGAAUCUAGACGGCAAGCACUUGCAUUGGACAACAGAUAUCAAUGAAGAGCUGCCUAUAUUCAUGCCUCCUUACAAGCAUGGUCAGGAGGCCCCGAUAACAUUUGUUGAGAUCUUUCAACAAGCAGUGCUGGAGACCCCUAACAAACCAGCCUUAAGAGUUAAAAAAGCAGACAAAUGGAUAACCUGGACUUUCCAAGAAUAUUAUUCAGAUGCUCUUUUAUUUGCCACUUCCCUCAUUAGUCUAGGAAUCUCACAAAGGAAAGUCGUCAACAUCAUUGGUUUUAAUGCUCCUGAGUGGAUUUUGUCAUUUGCCGGGUCAGUUAUGGCCAAUUGCAUUCCUACGGGGAUCUAUACAACCAGUGGCACUGAAACUUGCCACUAUAUAGCAGACCAUAGUGAAGCUGAAUUAAUUGUAGCUCAAAACGAAUCCCAUCUCAUGAAGUACCUCAAAGUCAUUGAUAAGCUGCCAAAAAUCAAAGCAUUCGUUGUUUAUUGGCCUACAGGCAACUUGAAAGAGAUCAAUAGUCCUGUCCCUAUCUAUAGCUGGACUGAAUUUUUAGCCUUACUCCCCCCCCUCCGUGAGUGAACAAAACCAUUAGAAAAAUCCCUAUUUUUUGCCCAAAAAAAACCCACCAUCCGUGAGUGAAUAAAAAUUUUUUUAAUAGAACAAAUUUUUUAUAGAAAAAAAUUUUGAUAUAUAAAUGAUAAUUAGCAUAAUGAAAUCUAGAGCUAAUUCUGCUUAAUUUUAAACAAAUUACGUUUUAAAACAUAAAUUUUAUAAAUUAAAUUAAUAUUUGCUUUCCAAUUUUUGCGAAUUAGGAUUUUUUUAAAUUUUGAAAAAAAAAAUUGUUUAUAAAAUUUAUAUAUAAAUUUUUUUUUAAAAAAAAAAAUUAACCCCCCUCCGUGAGUGAACAAAAUUUUUUUGUUCACUCACGAGAGGGGGGGGAGUUAGGGGAAAACGUUGAUCCAGGAGAAGUUGAAAAUCGAAUGAGUUCAAUUAGACCUUCAAGCUGCAUGACGAUUGUCUAUACUUCAGGAACAACUGGGCCUCCAAAAGGAGUUUUAUUAAGUCAUGACAACUUAGCUUGGUCUGGAAGAAGACUAAGAGAUGUGUCUGAGCCAUAUGGUGAUGAUGAGCAUUCCAUUUCUUAUUUGCCACUUAGUCAUGUAGUCCAGCAAACAAUUGACUUUUUUGGCUGCCUCAUCGCCAAAGUAUGUAUUGACUUCGCUGAUGAAGAUGCGUUACAAGGAUCGCUCGGCAAAACAAUAAAAGAAGUAAGGCCGACCUAUUUCUUUGGAGUUCCAAGAGUCUACGAAAAACUUGAAGAAAAAAUCAAGGCUAUGUUCAACUCACUUCCGCCUAGCAAGAAAAAAAUUGUAAACUGGGCCAGAGAAGUUGCUUAUAGAAAUGUUUUGAAUCAGCUAGAAAAUCGACCAGUUGAAAAGAGCUUUUAUGUCGCCAAAGCAGUCUUUUUAGAUAAAUUUAGAGAAAUGCUUGGCUUUGAUAGAUGCAGAACUCUUAUGUAUGGAGCAGCUCCAUUGUCAAGAAGCACAUUAAAGUUCUUUAUAUCACUAAAUAUGCCAAUUAUAUCCGGAUAUGGGAUGUCUGAAACUGCGGCACCCAUGACUUUUGGGACAUAUAAAAAUGGGAAUAUAUGAAGCCAAGGAGCUGUGCUACCAGGUGCUGAGCUAGUCAUCAUGAACUCGAAAGGAGUCCAGCUUCCAGCAGGUGAAGCUGGAGAAAUCUGCUAUAGAGGAAGAAAUAAAUUCGCUGGAUAUCUCAAAAAUGAGAAAGAAACCAGAGAGUGUAUUGAUCAGAAUGGAUUUUUACACUCAGGAGACGAAGGAUAUUUAGAUAGAGACGGAUUUUUGUUUAUUACAGGCAGAAUAAAAGAAUUGAUCAUAACGGCUGGCGGUGAAAAUAUUCCUCCUUUCCUUAUUGAAGAGCAAAUCAAAGAUAUUUCAAAAAUUUUCAAUACAGUCUUGGUUGUUGGGGAAGGGAAAAAAUACCUUGGAGCCUUAAUUUCAUUUAAAAAAGCGCUGCAGCCUGAUGGAUCAUUCAGUGAGAAACUAACUCCUGAGGUAGUAGAAAUUUUGAAGGCUCAUGGAAGCCCUGUAAAAGAAAAUCGUCAAGCUUUGGUAUGCCCAAUAGUGAAGAAAUAUAUUCAAUCCUGCAUUGACAAAUAUAAUAAGCAUGCAACUUCUAGAGCUCAGCAUAUAACUCUCCCCACUUUAAAUUGGAACAAAAAACUCUGUUUCAAUUUAAAGGAGCAUUUUUUUAUAAAAAAGUGUAAAUUAAAUUUUUCUAGAUAAAAAGAUUUUAUAGUCUAUUGCAGAUAUUUCUUACUAUGCAAGGAAUGUGCGAAAAUUCUUGACAUACCAAAAAAAAAUUCCACAUGUGAAGUCUUAAAUAAGUGCAGGCUUCACAUAUGGAAUUUUUUUUGGCAUGUGGAGAAAUUUUCCACAUGCCUUGCUCAUAAGAAAUAUGGGUAACAGACAAUAUAAAAUUUUUGAAAAUAAAUUGAGCACAAUAUUUUUGAAUUUUCAUUUAUUUAUGAGAAUUAAUACUAUUUCGAUUUAGCGUGAAAACUUUACCUAUAUUUUGUUCCAAUUUAAAGGUGUUUAGUAAGAAAAUGGGGAUUUUUGCCUCAAGAUUUUUCAAUUGCUGGAGGUGAACUUACCGCUACGAUGAAAGUUAAGAGAAAAGUAGUUCAUAAGAAAUAUGAAGCAGCAAUUGAGCAGCUUUUUAUUGAUCCUACUUUAUAA